AUGACUUCUUUUACACUUAUAUUAAAUUUAACAAUCAAUGAAAAUGAUGAUAGUCACAGUGACAUUAGUCAAAUCAGUGUGCACAGUGCAACUGAUAUUGAUCAGACCAGUAAGCAUAGUGCUACUGAUAUUAGUAAAAUCAGAGUGCACAGUGCAACUGAUAUUGAUCAGACCAAUAAGCACAGUGCUACCGAAGACAGUUCACUCAUUCUUCGUAGUGAAAUUAAAGUUUCGACAGAACAAAAAGGAAACAAUAAACGAAAGGAACAACCCGGCACAUCUACAAGUGCUAGAGCAAAGAGACAGUGCUUACAACUGCCUCUCACAAUUUUUUCUAGAGUCUUCCCUAAGACCGAAAGUUUUCAGCGGCCUGAAUUUCUUACAUGGUUGAAAAGUAAUCAACAUUUAAGUACGAUUACAGGUGGCAUAUCACAUAUCUGUGAGCUGUUAGAUCAGGUGCGCAUAGAAAAUUCUGGAUUGGAUGAGAUAUUUUUUGCACUCGCAGAGAAUAAUGAAAAAGUUAAUCCACAUUUUUUUGAUAUCAAGGAGUUAGUGCGUAGAGAUGAUUCUAUUAUUCUUCCUCCUGAAUGGGGUAAAUGGAAUCAACCAACUGCUUCAGCAGCAACAUACGUUUGGAGUUUUGACAUUCCAAUAAAAGAUCUAGAACGUUAUUCCGAAGAAAUUGAAGAGGAUAUCCAUGAUCAUCCACAUAAAAAUCCACAUACCAAGGAUUAUCGUUCUUUUAUCAUAGCACAAUUUCGUCACUACCUAGCAAACGAACUGCCAUUUCGAAAGAAUGUUGAGAUUUUUCGUUGGUUAUAUGUAGGACAAACAGAAAAGAGACCACCAACAAACCGCUGGAAAAGUUAUUAUGGAAAAGAACAAAAGAAGCAACGUACUUUGAGUUAUCCAAUGAACACUUUGGCUGGAUUUCCACCGGGUGUUGUUAAUAUUGUACCCGGUGAUGGACCUAAUUGUGGCAAUGCAAUUGUUCUUCAUGAACAUAUUAAUAAAAUAUCAUUUACAGGUUCUGUUGAAGUUGGCAAAAAAGUUCAAGAAGGUGCAGCUAAAUCAAAUUUAAAACGUGUAACACUUGAACUUGGUGGAAAAUCUCCAUUGAUUAUCUGUGAAGAUGCAGAUGUUAAUUUUGCUGUCUAUGUUGCUCAUGAAGCAAUCUUUCAUAAUGCAGCACAAAAUUGUAUUGCUGCAUCACGUACAUUUGUACAUUCGAAAAUUUAUGAUGAAUUUAUAGCAAAAAGUGUUGCACUCGCCAAGAAACGAAUUGUUGGUGAUCCGUUUGAUCCAACUACUCAACAAGGUCCACAAAUUAAUAAGAGUCAAUUCAAAAGAAUUCUAAAUUAUAUUGAAUCAGGUAAAAAAGCUGGUGCUAAAUUGGAAUGUGGUGGUGAAAAAGCUAAUGAUAAAGGUUAUUUUAUCAAACCAACAGUGUUUAGUAGUGUCAAAGAUGACAUGGAAAUUGCUCGUGAAGAGAUAUUUGGACCGGUGAUGUCUGUAUUCAAAUUUGAUUCGUAUGAUGAAGUGAUUGAACGUGCUAAUGCAACUAAUUUUGGUUUAGUUGCUGGUGUUCUGACGAAAGAUUUAACACGAGCUCUAAAAUUUGUUCAAGAACUACAAGCAGGCUCCGUUUGGGUUAAUACCUAUGCUGCAAUGAAGGCUCAAGCUCCAUUUGGAGGUUUCAAACAAUCUGGUCAAGGUCGAGAAUUUGGAAAAUAUGGUCUUGAACCUUAUUAUGAAGUAAAAACAGUUGCCAUCAAACUUCUAUCAAAAAUGUAA